UUUAUAUUCUCUGGUUAUAUAUUAAUCAUACUCCCACUCAACGAACUAAUGUUAGAGAACAUGAAUAUGUACGUUCUCUGCUGAUACUUUCUGUCAGUUUCUCUGUUGCCAACAAUGGUCGGUAGUGCAUGAUGGCGGCGCCCAAUGUAUCUGGGAGAUACGAAGUCUGAUUGUCGUGGUCUAUCCGAAUGAUGUCGCCGCUAACUUUGCUGUCACAGAGUCGUAGAUAACGCCGUAUUGUUGUUCUGUUUAUUUCGUUGAAGAAGGUAGUGUGCGUCGGGUAUUUCGCAAAACAAUUUAAAGAUAAACGAAUAUUUCAUUGACGUGAAAGGCAAUAAUGGUGUAAAGAAACUUGCCAAGUGAAUUGAAAUAAAGGUUUUUAAGUGCUUAUUGUACACAUAUGUAUGUAUAAAACGGAUAUAAUUGAAAAUGUAAAGUCGAAAGUCUUCGAGAGAAUUGAUUAAUUUGGAAAUCGCAAAAUAUAAAAAUGGUGAUAAAUACGUAACAAGGUAUCGGCGAAAUGUGAAAUGCUGCGAAUACUAAAAACCUACGUACAGAACAUGUUGAAGUUUACAUUACAUUACAUAGUGGAUUAAAUAAUGCAUAGAAAAAUGUGAUAAAUAAAAUUUUGUGAAAAAAAUUUGUAGUAUAUAUGGAUGUGUGUUUAGAGUGAGUAAAUGAAAUCUUUGGCAAUAUUUUACACACUAAAGUGCCAAACGUACUUACAUACAUACAUACAUCGGCGGAAACAAACACACAAUAGCAAAAACAAAUGCAAUACAUACAUAUAUGCGUAUGUAUACAUUAUUAAAAAAAUGUUUUGGAAUAUCAACGAGCCAGUCGUAGAUGAAAAAAACAGACAGGGUGUUUAAAAUUGCGACUUGGUCGCCUAAUUUGUUUGUGCUUUCUCCUCAUGUAGCCGCCCCUCCCUUUCGCUGAAUAUUUUGUCAGUAUUUUCGACUAGUGUCGACAAACAUACGAGACAUAUGUCUGCCUCUGCGUCUCCAAUAUAAUUGUGUACAUAUAAUUGUAUAUACUUUUUCUUGUAUUUUCUAAUCAGAAAAACAGCAAAUAAAUAAAGUGCAAGAACAACAACCAGGAGACAAAGCAAAAAAGAACUGAACGCAACGAAAAUUCGACUGAGAGAGUAAAACACGCGCAAGCUAGCAAUGCGGCCACUGUUGCCGAUUCCGUCCCCAAUCAGCCCGAAUCAAACCAACUUAUUAGGCAUUUAGCCGCACAGCAUCGCAGCCACUGCUUCGCUCUUUGGGGCCACUCAAAUAAUUCGUAUCGGUAUACAUUAUCGCGCUCUCUCGGUAGUACAAAACUGUCAAAAGAGUGUUCGGAACGAGUGAAAUAAAGAAUAGAAAGAAAAGAAAAGCAGAACAGCAGAAGUAGCAGAAUCCAGUUGGAUUUUUGACAUUUCAGCCGUAGAGCGCCACAAUUUGGUCAUCAGUCGAACGGUCAGUCGCGAGGUCGUUUGUUCAGCAUAUUAUUUUGCAUGCGCAGAUACACUCAACCGUACAAACGCAUACAUUUUUACUCACACAUAUAUGUUCAUAUGUAUGAAUGUAUGCGCAUAUGAAUAUAACUAUUUGUGAAGAUACGUCGCCCCAAUAAGUGAAAUGUGCAGUGAUUGCGAAUUUGCAGUGCAUGUGUAGAUGUCAUAUAAUGUUUUCCGAAAUUUGUAUAUUAUGUGCAAAGGUUGCUCAAAGCAGCAAAUAAUAAUGUAAAUAAAUAAAAGGAGUAAAAUAAAAUACAAAAUCAAAAUAAAGACAUGAGGAUUAAAKAAAUAUUUCUAAUUUUUGCUGUGCCUGAGAGUUUAAAAAUAGGCACAGUCUUUUAAUUAUUUGUUUUUAUUUAGUUUCGUCGCUGCCAAAAACCGGGCUGUUUGUAAAGUGCGCAAACAGGCAAUUAAAACGAAAGUUGCAAAAGCACAGAAAAGCAGRGGGUGAAAGAGAGUGUAAGUGGUAGCGAAGCGGUCUUGGUGCUGUGUGUCGCAUUUACGAAUGAAAAUGACUGACUACGAAAAUGCCGUCGGAAUUGUAUGCGAAAAUAAUUAAAGCAGUAAAAAAUAGAAGUAAUAUAAAGAAAAUUUGGUGUAUACAAAAUUUCAAAAUAUAAAAAAAUAGUAUUAAAAGGCACAUAAUUAAUGAAAUAAAAGAAAUAUAAUGAAAUAUUAAACUUGUGCCACUGCAUGAUGUGCCAAAGUGUAAACAAAUCAAUUAAAAUUGUACAAGUGGAGAAGAGUGCAAUUAAAGUCGAAAUUUUUGAAUGUGAAMMACUGUAAAUAAGUUAAAGUCGGUAAAUUGGACUGUUCUGUUGGUGUGCGACUUGAAGUUACUCAAAUUUUUAUUAGUCUCUGAGACUGCCGCUUCAGCACUACCUUCGUAAGAAGGAAGUGUUCAAAAACGGAUAAUAAAAAAAUGACUGAGUACGUUACACCCAAUAUUCACACAGUGCUCAAAAAGUAUCAGACAAGUGCACCUAAAAGUUUGCAAGGACCUGGUCAUGCGUUGCCCGUUUCUGGCUGCCAGACCGGCCCCAAUUGCCCGCUUGAUGUCACUUUGACUGGCGUGAGUGGCAGCGGUGGGAAUCACACAGACCUAAACACUGGUGGCGUUCGUAAUCUUUGUUCUGGGCACCUGUCGGUUGGUAAUUUGUCAUCAAACGGUUCCUCCAGUAGUGCCCACAAAAUAUCGUCUAACUGCCCGCAAAUAGUAUCAUCACAAUCUUGCUUGAAUUCACCAAAUGCGGAAUCCGCCUUGCCACCGGUCGCACCGCUGAUUAAAAAAGAAGUUCUCAGCUCUCCCGAACCACAUGAGCUGAGUGAAAUAUUGCCAUCGCAAUCAUUGCCACUUCCAUUGUCGAUGUCGUUACAAACAACGCAACCUCAAUCCCAAACAGUUCCUGCUCAGCCUCCUGUUACUACAGUUAAAAUUAUACCACCCCCACCACCGGAGUUGUCACAACCUAUCUUUACCGCACCAGACUCGGGCUCUGGUGUAUUAUACGAAACGCGAUUGGAAGGAAAAACUAUUGGCUGUUUCUCGCUUGGCGGAGAAAUGCGUUURUGUCUGCCUCAGUUUCUAAACAAUGUACUAGCCGAUUUUACACUUGAUCAAAUAAAUCGCAUCUUUGAUGAAUUGGGCAUCUAUUGUUCACAAUGUUCACCUGAUCAACUGUUGGAAUUCAAAGCAGCUAAAAUUUUGCCUACGGAUGUGAAGGCGUCCGGUUUGAUAACACGCACGGAUGCAGAGCGUUUGUGCGCAGCACUUUUACAUCGGGUAGAUCGAAAUAAUUACAUUAGCGAUGACGACAUCCCGAAAGGUGCCAUUUCCUUCAAAGUAUAUCACCGCUGUUUUGGGAAAUGUGAUGGUAUCUGUACACCCGAACUCUACUCAUACACAAAGCCAACUUGCAUCAUGUGUCUGGAAUGCAAGGGAUGGUUUUCGCCACAGAAGUUUGUGGGCCAUGUUCAUCGGGAAGUUGAAAAUCGAACUUGUCAUUGGGGCUUCGAUUCACGCAAUUGGCAUGACUAUUUACAUGUGGCAUUAGAUGUCGAAAAUCGAGAAAAAUAUCAGAAGAUUUUGGAUGAGCUAAAGGAGGUCGAGAUCAAGGAAGCUCUAAAGGCACAAAAUGAAAUACUCUACAUGAAACGAAAGCAUGCAUUACAUGUGGAUGACGAAAUGCUCACUUCUCAGAUGGGACAUUCACUAUCAAGUAUGGCACCGCCACCACACCAACAGGUGUCCAAUAUGAGCGAUAAGCAGCGCACUGAAAUGCUUGCUGUACCAACGAAGAAAGCGAAAGGUCUUGAAGAAGCCGCUGCCUAUCAACUGGAAUAUCAGCACUAUCAAUCCUUUAUGUAUGCCCACUGUGCACAGCAGCAAAGGAUCGGCUCAAUGUCGGCGUUUAGACCGUGGGCACCGAAAUCUUUCCUACAUCCGGCUGCUACUUAUAACGCGGUAGCAGCAUUCUCCACACUACCCUAUUUAAGUCAAGAACCACCAGUGUUGCAAAAUCCUGAAAGAGUAGUGCGUAGCACAGAUCGUGAACGUUUCGAACGCACCUACCAGCCGAAUGUGGCUCUUGUGCCACGAAAAUGCGUAUUGGUUAAGGAUAGGGAAAAGGAGCACCGCGAAUAUAGAGAACGAGAAAGAGAUCGCGAACGCAUUGAACGAGAACGAGAUCAGGAGCGCUCAAGAGAACGAGAGAAACGUGAGCAACAUGAACUUGAGAGGGGUCGAAGAGAACGAGAAAUACAGCAGUUGCAGCAGCAACAUUUACUCCAGCAGCAAACUAUGCAUCAGCAACAAAAAUCUGCACAAGAACUGCAGGAGGAAGUGUCAUUGUCAAGUUUGUGCCCCACUGAACUGAAAAUAAAACAAGAACGUGCCAGUACACCGAAUGAGAUACCGCAGUCGCCACCGCUUAUUAAUACCAGCGGAGGUGACGAGGAUCCUCCCGAUUGCCGUAUUAAUAUACCCAUUAGGGAUAAUGUCGCGACUUUGCCAAUAGUAUCGCCUAUAUCGCUGACGAUGAACCAACAACAACGAAAAAUGCUAAGCAAUAACAAUAGCAGCAGUAAUAGCAAUAGUAAUGGCAGCAGUUGUCAUAGCGAUGCAGACGUUAUGCUUCAACAACAGCAGCAACUUCAAGAGCAGCAGCAGCAAUUGCAACCUCGACGUCAUUCACUUUAUACCUCAAACUCUUCUGCUAGUUCAACAUCGUCGACGGCAUCUACGACGCCUCCACAGCAACAAUUACUGCCUGCUCACCUGCCCCCUUUAAAACAAUACCAACAAGAUCACAAGCAUGCCCAAACCUUGGUGCAUCAGGAGCAGCAAACCCGUUUAGGACAAUCGCCACGCACGUGCCCUCUCUCUCCAACAGAUUCACACAGUUCUCAAGAAUUUUCCGGUUCGAACGAGAUCACAUCUUCCACAUCACCUGCCCCAUGCAACGAUAGCAAACAUAUUAGCGGCGACAAUGGACCGCACUACCUUCAUAGACGAGAAAUUGGCCGAGAUCAACCACUUAUUGCUACGGUGAAUCAGCAUGCAAAGCUUCUGCCAUCACCAUUAACAGCAAAUUUUACUGCCAACAACAAUAGCAACCACAACGAAUUGCAUAGCCGAAUUCGGAUAAGCAAAAACUUAAUCAAUCGGUCGAAUAUAAUGAGAUCGCCAACACCUCCACCAUCACUACCUCCAACAGCUGCAUUGUCCCAACUUCAUACGCAACAAGAGUCCAAUCACACACCACAACAACAACAGCUACAACCGCAGCUGCAAAUAUUGCAACAGCAUCAGCAACAGUACGAAUUUUAUAAGCACAAUCAGCGAGCUUACGAUCAACAACGUCAGCAGCAACAACACCAGGCGCUAUCAACAAUACAACACCAACACAUCCUCAUCCGCUCUCAACCAAAUUUGCAGCAAGUAAAACAUUCGCCUUCACAAUCUUCCACUACCGCAGGGUUAAAUUUGAGCACCAGUUCCACAAAAGUUCUAAUGCGGACAGAUGUGACGGAUGCACAAAAUCAACAAGAAUCCCAACUUCAAAGCUCAUACAACGGACUGCCGUACGUCGGCUCCGAGUUCGAGCUGUCUACGGACACUGACGAUGACAGUGUGAAUGGAGAGGCGGAUAGCAGCAAUAUUUUAGCACCUUGGGAUAUGGCCGUUGAAGCACUUCGUGAUACCGGACCCAAGGAACGAGAUCGAGUACUCGGUCUGUUACGGAAAGUUUUACACGAAAACCAACAAUUACGUUAUAGCAACCUUCAACUCAGCGAAAUGACACACAAACGUGACGUAAUGAUCAGAGAACUUCGAGAACAACUACGAGCGUGUCGACACCAUUUGCAAAUUCUCAGUUUACAAGAGCCCCCCAUUCAAUUCAAUGGCUUAGACAACCAAGAAGGUCUUCAAAAUGACAAGAUUCGCAGCUCACCAUUGAAAAAAUCAUUAACGAUCAUAGACGAGAAUGAUUUUGUAAACAGCUGUCUAACAAAAGAAAUUGACGUCGGUGAAAAUGAUAAUAACUUAGUGAAAGUGAAUAGUCAGACAAACUUAUAUGAGAGAAAGAAAAGGAAUCAGUUGGAAAAUGAUCAAUUCAGCAAUAAUGGAGAUGAACACGAAGCUCUUUGCAACAAUAAGGAAAACAAUUAUGAUCACGAUAAUGGUAGUGAUAAGGAAAGUGAGAAGGCCGAUAAUGCUGUUGAUACCGUUGAUCAAAUCCGAACUAACGCCGACAUCGAAGAAAGUGUUGAUGAACCAGCUAGCAACAAAAAUGAUGUUAACGAAAUUGAUAUAGAUAAACAGCCACAAGCGAAGCGUUCUAGAAUCGAAAGUGGCAGUGAAAGCAGUGACAGUAUAAGCCAGACAUAUGCAAUAAACAAAGAAAAUAUAGGCCAUUUAGCAGAACAGACAUCACAAGGAAAUGAUCAUGAUCCCAAUUUCGAUUCGGAAGACGAGGCGCCGUUGUCGGAUUACGGCAACGAGUGCUCAAAAAAUAAAAAUAAAGUAUAUGCGCAAAUAAGUAACACUGAUUUGGGUGAUGACGAAGCGGAGGCUUCCCGUUUUACUGUUACAAAUGGUAGCAGCAGUGAUACAAAUACAUCGGAUGAUGACGGAGAUGAAAGCAGCGCACCCUUAACGAGCUCACAAACGGUAGAGUCAGAUGUUCAACCACCUCACAACAGCUCCCUAGGUAUAGUACCGGCAGCAUGUACGCCACUGUCGCCUCAUUCAACCGCAACUGCUGGACAGUUGUUCGACAGCAGCAAUAGUAGUGAUGAAUUAUCAAUGAAGAAAGCCCAAAUGUCAGCAUCUGACGCUCUUGCGAAAAUAUCUGAAUCUGUGGACGAUCGCGACGACUUGGCGAAAGUGAAAGAAAAGACAAAGUUCAACGAAGUUGAAAAAAUGUUUGGCGAUGUUCAAGACAGCGCUUGCGAUGAGAUCAAAACUAGUGACAACCGUGAAAAUGUGAAAGCAGGAACAUUGAACAUUAAAAAAGAGCAAAACUGUACGCGCGAUAGAAGAUUUCCCAACCACUCUAUUUCGUCGGGAAAAUCAAAUGAAGUACAUAAAGCUACAAAAUACGACGAUGAAAAAUUCAGCGUCAGUGCUAAGGUUAACAACAAUAACAUAUGUAAUGAUCAGGUGACCCGAACACCUCUCGCCACGAAGGCGAGUAAAAAAGAAACACCGACAACAAACACCGAGUUAUGGGUCAAAGAUGAGAUAAUGUAACCGUUACAAUGCAAUAAGACUGAUAGUCGGCGUGUUCGAAGGGUCUACGAUAAAAUAUAUCAAAGCGGGCUAACAUAAUUAACUCAUUUAUCAUGGUAAUGUGAGAGUACUUUCUUAGUACAAGUGGAAAUACGUACAUAUAUAUACACACCCUUACUCUGCUUCCCUUAUGACGAGUACAAUUCAUAUGUAAUGUAAAUACUCCAAAAACUCACAUAUUUACAUAAUAAGUAUGUAUUUAUGUGCUUCUCUUUUAAUUUAAAUUUAGCUUUCCAUGCUAAAAUGCUUCAAAGCUGACCACAAGUUCACAAUUAUAAAGAAUACAGAACUAAAGUGUAACAUUUAUUCAGAUAUAUUAAAUAAACGCAUGCAUAUAUUAUAUGUAUGUUUGUGUAUUUGGAAUAUUGAAAUAUUUCAAAUUUAUGGAUCGAUACAAUUUUGUAAGAACUUCAAUAUGAAUUUUUUUCUUUCACGAAAUAAUAGUUGGAAAGUCGUUGGAAAAUAGUUAGAUGACAAAAGUUAAUGGUUACUCCAAUCAACUAGAUUCUAAGCAUAGAAAGCAAGUUGAACACAGUGUAAAAAGUUUCAACGCACACCCACGUGUGUAUUCACAUACUAUAUGUACAUACAUACAUAAUUAACAUAAAUAAUACAAAUCGUUUUAUUCGUUUAUUAAGUUCUAGUAUACAGACCUUUUGUUCUUAAUGCAAUUGUUAGAAAAUGUUGAGAACUUAUUCUUUCUUAAGCAGAAACCGCUUACUGUCAUAUGUAAAAAAAAAAAUAUUUUUUUAACCAUGUUUUUGGCAGAUGUCCCGUUUUACGAAUAUGCUCUCCCAGUAAUUUCUUUUAGUUUUUUAAAACAAACUGCAUUUUCUUGUUAUUCUGUUUAAAGUGCAAAAAAGCAUACAAAAUAUAUAUUUACUGAAACCAAAGCUUUAAAAUGAAUUAAAACAAAAAGUUUAUU